AUGAUGUCGUCCCAAACGGCCCCUUUUUCCAAAGCAGUGGUCAGUGCCAUGCGCAAAUUGUAUCCUGAAAGACUUGCAGACAAGAGCUGGGAUAACACUGGACUGCUCCUGGAAGCGCCGUAUAACCCUCAAAGACGGCAGCGCAACUCUGCUUUACUGACCGUAGACUUGACGAAAGCCGUCGCCGACGAGGCGAUCGAGACGAAACAGUCGAUUGUUGUGGCGUAUCAUCCGAUAAUAUUUAAAGGACUGAAAGCGUUGAGUCUUGGCGACAGCCAGCAACAGUCGCUACUGCGCCUGGCCACGGAAGGGAUAAGUGUUUACUGCCCUCACACCGCCGUAGACGCCGCUAGCGGAGGCCUAGGCGACUGGUUGGCAGAUAUAGUAACCGGCGAUGCGAUCGAGCAACCGCCACAGGAGCUACUACAAGGCUCUCCCGUCGAAGGACCACCGUCAGUCCCGCCAGGCGAAGAGACGGAUCCAUUCGUCCUCCCCCAACGGCCAUCCUUCAUUCUUCAACCCCAUCCUUCCGGGCUGAAGUUUAUCCAGCGCGAUUUAAAGCUCGCGUCGAUCCCACACACCCGCUCUGCAAUCAAGCCGAACGAGGACCCCUCAUCCCCUGGCGCAGGGAUGGGUCGAGUCGUCCGCUUUGCCCAGCCACAGCCGCUCGCGCAUUUGAUCGACCGCAUCGCCCGAGGCUUGGGCCAGCCAAAAGGCUUCCCCGUCGCCAUCCCCCAGGGAACCGCGAUCGAGGACAUCUCGAUCCGGAGCGUCGGCAUCUGCGCGGGCAGUGGCGGAUCGUUAUUUGCGGGCUUGGACGUGGAUUUGCUGUUUACCGGGGAAUUGUCGCACCACGAGGCACUGGCCGCCAUCGAAAGAGGGCAGUCGGUAGUGACGAUGUUCCAUUCGAAUACGGAACGAGGGUUUCUGCAUUCGGUACUGAGUAACCAGCUGUUACAGGCGGUGCGGGAGGAAUGGGAGACGAUUCGGAGCGGGAUAAGAGAGGAUGGGCGUCUGGAAGAGGCGUUGAAGGAUACAUCCGUCGAAGUGGAAGUUAGUGAACGCGAUAGGGACCCUUUCGGGCUGGUCAUUGCGCAGUCUGCCGGGGGAUAA